AUGGCCCGGAUCCUCGGUCAUCCCAUCAGCUCAGUCGGCGAGACCAACGUUUGCGUUUUGGAUGUCGAACCUACGACAUGCGGAAGCGAGAGAUGCGACACCCUAGCGCCAAGCUAUCGUGAACACUUGAGCCGUAUGCUCCUGGUUCAAGUGUCCAGGGCACAUUGCGGACCUUACUCACUCAGUCACUUACACACACUACCGUAACGGUACUGCGCUCCAGGCGUAGUCGUCAGGGUCACUCAAUUAACGAAAUUAACGAGAAACGUCGAAGGAGGGGCUCGUCUAUGGCUUCUUCAUAUGUACCCGCGUACCAAAGAAAGUUCACUUAUUUGGCUGACCUAACCUUCUAGGCACGGUACCUCACAAACAAACCAAACAACCUCACGACACCCAAAAAAAACCCCCACCGGACGUUACGGUUCAUCCUCACGCCCUCAUAUACUCAUCUCAACGGCCAGACUGAAAAGCGGUUACGGAGAGUUCGCAGAGUUAUUGUCCCGCAAGGAGAAUACCCGACAAUCCCUAAGUUACAGCACCUCAAACAAACCUCAUCCACCCGAUCCCGAUCAGCCCCCAGUUCCAUACCUCCACCUGGCAAGCCCAUCCCGCACCGUCACCAGGGCUACAAGAAUCAGAUGCAAAAUUCGCGAACCACGU